CCAGGGCCUGGCCGCGCGCGGAGGCUGAGCCCGCCCCGCCCGCCGGGGAGGGGAGCGUCACGGAGGCUGCUUGAAAUGCAGCGGAGCCCGAGCCGGAGCCGGAGCCGGAGCCCGAGCCCGAGCCGGCCGCAGCAGCCCCGCGGUCCGCACUCGGCCGGCUGAGGGCGCGGGGCGCUGUGGGGGCGCCGGGACCCCCGGGACCCCCGGGACCCCCGGGACUCCCGGCCAUGGGGCGGCCCGAGCUGCUGCCGGCGCUGCUGCUGCUGCUGCUGCAUCUGCUGGCCCCAGGGGCUGCCAAGGAGUGUGAGGAGAACCAGUUCCAAUGUGGGAACGAACGCUGUAUCCCAUCAGUCUGGAGAUGUGACGAGGACAAUGACUGCGUGGACAACAGUGACGAGGAUGACUGCCCCAAGAAGACGUGCUCAGACAGCGACUUCACUUGUAACAACGGGCACUGCAUCCCAGAGCGCUGGAAAUGUGACGGCGAGGAGGAGUGUCCCGAUGGGUCCGACGAGGCCGAGGCCACAUGCACCGAACAGGUGUGCCCCGCUGAGAAGCUGAGCUGCGGCCCCUCAAGUCACAAGUGCAUCCCCUCAUCCUGGCGCUGCGACGGGGAGAAGGACUGCGAGAUGGGCACCGAUGAGGUCGGCUGCACCACAGUCUGCUCCCCCGGAGAGUUCCAGUGCAGUAACCGGACGUGCAUCGCCACGGUCUUUGUGUGCGACGGGGACGACGACUGUGGCGAUGGCAGCGACGAACGGGGAUGCCCGGCCCAGGUCUGUGGGCCCCAGGAGUUCCGAUGCAACAGCAGCGCCUGCAUCCCCCGAGCGUGGCUCUGCGAUGGCCAGGCCGACUGCGAGGACCGGUCAGACGAGGGGCCUGAGCGAUGCGGGCGCCAGGCGGGUACGGCGGCCCCAGCCACCUGCAGUGCCAGCGAGUACCCGUGCGGCAGCGGAGAGUGCAUCCAUCUGACCUGGAAGUGUGAUGGGGACGCAGACUGCAAAGACAAGUCCGAUGAGGCCAGCUGUGCUGUGGUGUCCUGCCGUGCCGAGGAGUUCCAGUGUGCAGACGGGACCUGCGUCCAGGGGGCCAAGCGCUGUGACCAAGAGCAGGACUGCCCCGAUGGCAGUGAUGAGGCCGGCUGCCUGCAGGAAUCCACAUGUGAAAGUCCCGGCAAGUUUCAUUGUAAGAGUGGCGAGUGCGUGGACAGCAGCAAAGUGUGCGAUGGUCGCGCAGAUUGCCGCGAUGGGUCUGAUGAGCCGAUGAAAGAAUGUGAGGCUAACGAGUGUGCCCACAACAAUGGUGGCUGCUCCCACAUCUGUAAGGACCUGAAGAUUGGUUACGCCUGUGAGUGCCCGCCAGGAUAUGAGCUGCUGGACAAAAAGACGUGCGGAGACAUCAAUGAGUGUGACAACCCGGACGCCUGCAGCCAGAUCUGUAUCAACUACAAGGGUUACUUCAAGUGCGAAUGUCACCCAGGCUAUGAGAUGGACACGCUCUCCAAGAAUUGCAAGGCUGUGGGUGCCAGCCCCUCCCUGAUCUUCACCAACCGCCACGAGGUCCGUAGGAUCAACCUGGGCAAGCGGGACUACUCGCCCCUCAUCCCCAUGCUCAAGAACGUGGUGGCCCUGGACGUGGAGGUGGCCACCAAUCGCAUCUACUGGUGUGACCUCUUCUACCGCAAGAUCUACAGUGCUUUUAUCGACAAGGCCAAUGAUCGCACCGAGCAGGUGGUCCUCAUUGACAGCCAGCUGCACUCCCCCGAGGGCCUGGCUGUCGACUGGGUACACAAGCAUCUCUACUGGACUGACUCUGGCAACAAAACCAUCUCCGUGGCCACCGUGGACGGCGGCCGCAGAAAGACACUCUUCAGCCAUGAUCUGAGCGAGCCUCGAGCCAUCGCUGUGGACCCUCUCCAUGGGUUCAUGUACUGGUCUGACUGGGGCGACCAGGCCAAGAUCGAGAAGUCAGGGCUGAAUGGAGUGGACCGGCAGGUGUUAGUUCUGGACAACAUCGAAUGGCCCAAUGGGAUUACCCUGGAUUUGCUGAGCCAGCGUCUCUACUGGGUGGACUCCAAGCUGCAUCAGCUCUCCAGCAUCGACUUCAGUGGUGGCAACCGGAAGGUCCUUAUCUUCUCGGUGGAUGCCCUGAGCCAUCCCUUUGGGAUUGCAGUGUUUGAGGACAAGGUAUUCUGGACAGACCUAGAGAAUGAAGCCAUCUUCAGCGCCAAUCGACUGAAUGGCCUCGAGAUCUCCGUCCUGGCCGAGAACCUCAACAACCCUCACGACAUUGUCAUCUUCCACGAGCUGAAGCAGCCGAAAGCUCCUGAUGCCUGUGAGCAGAGCUCUCAGCCCAACGGCGGCUGUGAAUACCUGUGCCUUCCUGCCCCCCAGAUCUCCAUCCACUCCCCCAAGUAUACGUGUGCCUGUCCUGACUCCAUGUGGCUGGGCCCUGAUAUGAAGAGGUGCUAUCGAGCCCCUCCAUCUACCUCAACAAUGACGUUGGCCUCCACUACCAUGAGGACCCCCGGCACAAACCUUCUCACCACCAGCCCCGUCUCCCGCCCAGGCCACACGAGAUAUCAGGGCUCUGGAGAGGCCUCACAGAGCUCGGGGACGUCCCCUAGCGAGCCCAGCGUCAGCACGUCUUCACCAGGGGUUCCCGCCCCAGGAAACAGCAACCGCUCCCAGCACUAUGGGACCAUGGGUGGCAAGCUGGUCUCCACAGCCACAGCUGCCAUCAUCGGCAUCAUUGUCCCUGUGGGGGUCAUCGCCUUGCUAGGCAUGAGUGGCUACCUGAUCUGGAGGAACUGGAAGAGGAAGAACACAAAAAGCAUGAACUUUGACAACCCCGUGUACAGGAAGACAACGGAGGAGGAAGAUGAGGAUGAGAUCCACAUCGGGAGGACGGCACAGAUUGGGCACGUCUACCCUGCACGUGUGGCUUUAAGCCUAGAAGAUGACGGGUUGCCCUGAGGAUGAGCACCCCUCUGUGCCUGAUGGGAUCAAACAUGUGCACUGGACUCUUUCUCGACACUGGAUGGACGGACGGACGGAUGCAUCUCUUUGCCUGGGGUUUUGCGUGUGUGUGUGUGUGUGAACAAGGGAGUGAGGGUGCGUGUCUGCAUGUGUGCUUGGGAUUCUUUUUAAAAAUUUAUGUUGCAGAAAGGUAACCACAAAGUUAUAAUGAACUGCAGACAUCCAAAGGAUGUGAGAGUUUUGUAUGUAUAAUGUUUUAUACGCAUCUUACCUGGCUGCACUACCCGUAAGGAAGAGCCGAGCAGCCCCUGCUGAGCAACUAACGUGAUGGAUGGAACCAGACCCGGCCCGGCAGGACAGGAGCUGGCUUACCAUUUUAAAAUUAUAUUUAUAGAGGGUGUUUAGGGGGGUUUUGUAAAUAAAAUGAAGAUGCUUUGUGGCUAUCCAUCAACAUAAGUUAAAAAAAAAUGAUGAGCCUCUCCAUGUCCUCCCCACUCCCCAACACCCCAUCUAGAAUAUUUAUUAACAUAUUUCACAGAAAAGAGCUGUAAAUAAUUUAGAGAGGUGAGAGUAUUUAUUUUGGGGUGUGCUUGGCUUGCUGUGUAUAGACUAUGUGGGGGCAGUCAGAAGGAAUGGAUCUCUAUGGACAUUGAACUUUGAAAUACAGACAGUCCAGCUACAAAGCCCCAAGGCCAUGUCACUCAAUGAGGAGGGCCCAGGAUGGCUUUGGAGGUGGUCGUGGAGAUGAGGCCGAAGGCACCGAGUAGGUCCGACGACGGAGAGGGGAGCAGGAGGGUCUUCUUCAUUUCUGCUCCAUCUCCAGAAGGCAGCGUGGGCCGGAGCUCCGUCACCGGUGGACAAGACAAUACCAUGGCGAACCUUUCUUGGGCUGGGCUUCUCUUCCUAGGGUCAGUGUGCUCGCUUUGUGUAAUGUGGGGGAAAUACCUGUAGGCCCACAGAGCUAAAGCCUGAGGGGUCUUGGUUUCUGCAUCUGUAAAACAAGGGUUUGGUUAGAGGUUUAAUUAGAUCAUCUCUUAGGUCUCUCCUGGCCCUGAUUUUGUGUCCCAAGGACCCUCCCAGCCCUGAUAUUCCCUGUCUAAGCCUCUUCUCAGCUCUGACAUUCCCUGUUCUAAGGCCCCUCCCAGCUGUGACAUCCCUUGUUCUAAGGCCCUUCCAGCUCUAACAUUCUAUGCUCUGAAUUCUGUUUUCCUUCCCAAAGUCCCUUGCACCCUUGACAUUACGUUUUACCAUUCUGAGACGCUGUCCCACACUGCCCCUCUGUGCAUCUCUGAUUCUGCUCCUCGGUUAGCAGGGUCGGCGAUCCUGUCUGACCUCUUUAUCAUCUCUUUCCAGGCCCUUGUUCAGCUGAUCACGUUGUUAUUUCCACUUUCAUAGAGGAGGAAACCUGGCAGCAAUCUGUUGAGAAUCGGACAGCCAGUCAAUCGACAGGUGCUGUCCAGUCACUGGCCAUACAAAUACAAAGAGAGACAGCCCUGCCCUCAGAGGGCUUCCAUUCUAGUCAGUCUCAGAGCAGGGGUUAGGUUGGGUCACUGCCUCGUCCAUCAGGCCCCGGAGCCCCCGCGGGCCAGAGGCCUUGUGUGGCAGGCUCCGUCCACCGGCCCUGAUCAUCCUGGGGUCUUUUGGAGCCCAGGAGAGGACCCAGUCCUCCAGUGGGGCUGGGGUGGGGCAGGGUGCAGCUGAAGGAGAGAACCGAGGAUCUGUGGGAGCUCCUGACCCUUCAGGGGCAGACAGCAGCCACUGGAGAUCAGGAAGGACUGGGGUUUGAACCCUGCUGCCCGUGCUCCGUGUGAGCCUCAGUACCCUCGCUGUGAAAUGAGGAGAGGGGCCGACAAGUCAGUCUCUGUCUAGCUCUAGUGUGAAGGGCAUACAUUUAGGGCCAGGAGGCAUCUCAGAGACCUAGUCCAACUUUAUCAUUUUACAGAGAAGGAAACUGAGGCCCCGAGGACAGGUUAAGUGACUUACACAUAAGACCACAGAUCCAGAAGCAGUAGAGAAGCAAGCCCUCUUCUCAAGGAUCUGGUAGAGUGAGAGAAUGCUUGAGGACCUGGGUUCAAAUCCAGCUUUAAAACUUAGCAUGGUGCCUGGCACGUAGUAGGUGCCUUCCCUUCCUUACUAGCCGUGUGACCUUGGACAAGCCAGUCUCCCUCUCUGAGCCUCAGUUUCCUCUAGUGUGGCGGUAACACAUAGACCUCCUUUCCUCCUGGGGUGAUGUGGGGCUCAGUGAGCGCCUUUGCACACCUUGAAACACUCUAAAGUGGUCAGCCAUUAUUUCCUAGAUGGAGGAACUGGGGCACAGAUGAAGCGGCAUGCCCAUGGCUGUACAGCUCAUACAGCUGAGACUCAAACCCAAGGAUUACGUUGGUAUGGGGGAUUCCCAGGGGAGGGAACUCCCUCUGCCAGUGAAGGUCAGCACCUUCCGUUCAGUUUUAUUGCCUUAGGGAGUGGCCAGGCUGUGUCAGAGCAGUAUUUGAACCCUGGCCUUUCCUGGUUCCAAAGGUGUCUACCCCACUACUCUGAUGCCUCUCCAAACCCAGGAUUUCUGGCUUCUAAUCUGUCUCUGUUUCUUCCACACCAUGGCAGCAAUGAGAAUACCAGGAGCGUAGGCUUGACCCAUGGGCACUGGCUUCUCAUCUUUUCCUUUCUGCCCUUUUUUUGGGGGGGUGGGGGGAAGAGAGAAAAAAUGGUUCCUUCCCCUAAUCUAGUUCAGAGUGAAGAAACUCCUUUCUGGUCCUUAUCAAGAGAGACAAAAGAGGUUAUAACCACAGUCGAGAUAAUUUCUGAGAAACAAAUAAAUGGCAGAUUGUUUAUUCUCAGGUCUCAGAUAUCCGUGCAUGUGGACAUGUGUGGAUUACAGUUUCAUAAGUAAGAGGGGCAAGUCUGAAUUUCUAUGUCUGCAUACAUGCACAUGUGUGCACACGGUAUAGGUCACUUUCUCUGUGGAAGCCCCUCGUAGCCCAUGGGGGAUUAUUACUCUCUUUGUGAGGUCUGUCAUCACAUAGCCCCUUUACUGCCCUGCCAGUGGUAGGGAUUAAGCCUCUGUCUCCAGUUCUCCGCUGGGACAGACUUUUCUUGACUCUUUCCCCACUGAGCUCCUGCUCCUGCUCACACUUGUCACCCACUGAACCCAUUGACCACGGCAGGACUGGGAUCGAUAAUUGGCACCAUACCUUCAUAUACCUGAGAAAGGACGCUGCCAGGCAGCAGUGGUCCUAGAUUGUCCUGCAGCAAGGCUUGAUGAGCCUAGAACAUCCAGCCAUGUUGUUCCACGAUGGGCCUAGAACCUUCCUCUGUGUACCAUGCAUUUACCAUCUUGGCUUUGGGACAGAAACGCAAAGGUUUGCAGUUAGCAAGAGGGAGACUUGGCACCUAUAUAGGACAAUUAGAAUUCCUUUAUAACAUACACACUACUUGAAUCUGCCCUUUAUCACCAGCAAAAUAUCCAAGGUCAGUAGUGAAAAAGGAAAGACAGUGAGCUUCCGUGGUAUACUUUAGAACCUGAAAGUUCUUCUAAUCCAGCCCCUUCAUUUGACUCAAGAGGAAAAGGAGGAGCCCCAUAGGUGGCAACAACCCUCAAUUUUAGAGGGCCUGGGUCUGAAUCCUGCUCUUGCAGGUUUUCUGAUCCUCAAGGAGUCACUCUCUGAACUUCAGUCUCCUUGUCUGUGCUUUAAGGUGGUCCCCUCUAGCCCAAGUCCUAGGCUCUUACGUAUUCUCAAUUCUGUCCCUUCCCCAACUUCCUUAGGAAGACUGCACCAACCUCCUCUGGGUGACGUCAGCCCUUCCGUUCCCUUAGAGAUCCAUGACUUUAUUGGGGAUCUUGGGUGAUAUCUGACCUCCCAAACAUGAUGCCAGCUGAGACGGGAAAUCAGGAAAGGAGAGGAGAUUGAAAUUUAUGGUGAUUUGGCCGAAAAAAGCCAGACUAGUCAUCAAAUGGUCCUAUUUCUCUCUAUCCUCCUCUUCCAGCAUACAGGAUAAGCACUUUUUGCCCUUUUACAUUCAGGGUGCCAGCUCAAAUUGUAACCCCAACACUGGGUGGGUGGGAUCUUACAUUUGGUUUUGUAGACCUCCUAGUGUCUGCCAAAAGACAGAAGCAUGACGGAAAGACCUCUGAAAUUGGAAGACCUGGGUUCAAAUCCCUUUGGUGCUUGGUGUCUGUGUGAUCACGAGAAUGCCAUUUCAGCUCCUUGGGCCUCCUCACUUUCCUAAUCUAUAAAAUGAGAGAUUUGGACACGGUGACUCUUGAGGCAUCUGCUAGCCAUGUUCUAUCCCCAGUGCUUUGUAGACGUCUUAGAUGGUGUUCUGUCCGGAGCAAUGUCCGUCCCAACCUACCACUGAGUAGACAUCCUAGUGCUGUCAUCUCCCGUGCUUUGUGGACAUCCCAGUGUUCAAUCGAGAGCUAUGUGCACACCUUUGGGGAGGUCCUUACCACAUUUCACAUUCAUAAAUCCAAAUUCUUUGACAUAGACAAGAACAGUUCAAGUGAAUGGACAAGGGUAUGUGUGUGUGUGGGGGGGUCUUUCAUGUCAAUGUUGUAAAUGUCCCCCUGGAAUUCUUGAGUAUAAAGAAGAAAAUGGGGGAUCUGUAGCAUCAUCUGGAGAUAGAACCCAAUCAUUGUAUUCCAUGAAGAUCAGUGAACCCACCAUCCUCUUACAACAUAGCAAUGAGUUAGCCAUAAUAAGAGAGUUCCCAGAGUAAACCAUCCCUUUCCCCCAUCAAUGCAUGAAGGUAGAGUAUCUGAAGUAAGGUAUUCAUUGUAUUUUUAGACUUGGGGUCCUUUGGGGGGUCAGAGGACCUCCAAAGAGGGGACAGACCUGCUUUGGAUUUCCCAUCCUUGUCCUAAAUCAAGGAAGCCCUCUGUCCUCUGAGGCCAUUCACCAUGUGCAUGGCCCAGGAUCAGCAGGAAACCGUGUUUGUACCCAUCAUUUGACAUCAAAAAGAAAAAAAAAACCACCUGUAAAUAUGUUUGGAGAUGGGAAGGUUUUGAUAUUUUUUUUUACAAAAAAAAAAAAGACAACAGAAAACACAAAUCUGUACAGACGUGUUUUAUGAAACAAAAAAAUAAAUUUUGUUUCCUUCAAAUUGUUGUAAAUUUCAUGCCUGGUCCUGGUUUGAAAACACCAUUAUCUUGCAAAAAAACCCAACAAACAUCACAAGUCAUAGGACAAAAAUAGCAUUUUUGUUGUGCUGGGUUUUUUUUUCUUGCUUUUCUUUAAAAAAAAAAAUGAUCCCAGAAUUGACCAUCCUGUCAGGCUAUGUUAGAAUGUUUUUUAACACUAAUUGUUUCUGCCCCCCUCCUCGGGUUGCCGCCAGCUCUGUUCACAUCCCUGCUCAGUGCCUUUUCUGUUUCAGUUUCUAGCUCAUGGGCUGAGGGACUGAGGAGGGGUGGGGGAAUCUGCUGCAUUUCUUUUGGACUGACAUAGAUGUGGGGGAACUGAAAACCAAAUGAGGUCAUUUGUAAAACAGUGCACUGUUUCUACAAUCAGAUUAAACUCAUUUUUUUUUAAUCUGG